AUGACCGAUACUAACGCAACCGAAAGCUCCAGCAAACGCAUCGCUCCCGGUUCCUCAACCGGCGCUCCCGGUGACCCAUUUGGUCUACGGGAUCCCCGAUCGCAGUACGACCCGUCGACCACGGGGUAUAAUCCAGCGACUGGCGCUGGGUACUCGAUGGCGUCGGCAGACGGGCCACAUCACCACCACCAUCAGCCGGCAUCGCCGGCAAACAGCUAUGACCAGGCCGCCGGCCAGGACAGUCGCAUCGAGCACGCACCCAGUACCGCGCAGCGAGUGAAGAUGGAGGAAAGGGCUGCCCAUUCCAAGGGUUCGGGUUCCGGCGCAGACGGGAAGUUCGGCUCAGACACGCAGCGGCGGGCGAACGCCGCCAGCGAGGAACUCGGACGCGGGGUGGUCGGUGUAACGGCAGGAAUCCAUGGCGUGGGCGAGUCCCUGCGCGGCACGGUCACUGCAGCUGUCGACAAGGCAUUUGGACAUCAGGAGGGUACAGAACGUAACCAGGAGAUUGCGCGAAAGGGGGAGCAAGAGAUCGAAUCGGGCCAAUACACGGGCGAGAGCAAUGAAGCUCGACGAAAGUUAGGUUGA